AUGCCAGUUAAACAGGUUGCUGGGCGAGUCACUUUGACUCAUUCAAAGGGCUCUUCUGUGGAACUACUUCUGUACGGUGCGACAGUCAUUUCAUGGAAAUCUGGAACCAUCACCGAAUCUCAGCCAAUUGAGCGGCUAUUCGUCUCGUCCAAAGCCGCCCUCGAUGGGUCAAAGCCAGUGCGGGGAGGAAUUCCAGUUAUAUUCCCUUGCUUUGGAGCUCCUACCCACCCAGAGCACAUGAAACUCGGCCAGCAUGGUUUCGCUAGAAAUGAAUUGUGGACAUUCGACAGCAUUGUGAUGGACAGUGAUGCGGGUGUAUCGGUGCGGCUUACGCUCGAGCCGACCUCGGGUAUCACAGCAAAAUAUGACAAACCGUUCCAUCUGGCUUAUGUUGUUACCCUGGCUGAGCAUCAGCUUAGCACUGAUCUGCACGUCACGAAUACGUCGACCUCCACGGCUUACCCACCAGAUAACCUCGAAUUCCAGGCGUUGUUCCACAACUAUAUUAGGGCUCCUGCAAACGACGCUCUUGUGUUCCCAUUGCAAAACAAGAGUUAUUAUGACAAAACAGAGCCGUCCGAAGAGGCCAGAAGCAAACCGAAACUUGAGACCAGAGCAGGAGUUGACGUUCGCCAGUUCACCGACUCUGUGUACGAGGAUGCAGGGGGGAAAUAUGAAGUCACAUGGCCAGGAGGUGGCGUAGAGAUCACGGUCAGGGAGCUAAAGGACGUUGUCGUCUGGAAUCCUCAGCAGGCUGCAGGUUCAAAAAUGGGAGACAUGGAAGAUGGUGGAUGGGAAAGGUAUGUUUGUGUUGAGCCAGGUUAUGUGAGGGGAUUCGCGAAGAUAGAGCCAGGCAAGACAUGGAUUGGGCAGCAAACUAUAUCUGUCAUUCAUCACGAAAGGAGGAUCAAUCAGUUGUGA